AUGAACCUCAGCAGCAAAUGGCAGUGGUGUAUCCAACCCCUUCCCUAUGCUCUGAGAGUGUGUGGCUCGCUUCUUUCGUCUGAGGUGCAAGGGGUUUUGCAGGUCAUCUACUCCUGCGUUCAGGUUAUCCUGUCCUCUAUGGGGUUUCAAAAUACCCCGAAUCUCUGUCUAUUCAACGGCGAUGCAGUGGCGGAUAUGGCGAAAGGCGGGGAUGUUUGGGGCUCCACCCCAACCCUUCUCCAUCGCAGCUCUAUGCUUGGCGACGAGGAGGAGGAUGACAAGAUGACGAGAGGCAUGGAGGAAUCCGAGAUGGAACGCGAGGAGAGGGGGAUGUACGAGGCGAGCCUUACUUCGCAUCGUUCGAUCACUUCCUCGCAGUGUACUCCGCGAAGGGGUCCUAGUAUGGAAACGAUGCGAGUGCGGCGGGUGGAGCGAGAACUGAUCGUGCAGCUGUUGAGCGCGCUGAAUACUUUUGUCCGAAUUACCCACGUAGGGGCGGUGGAUGUGCAGCUUCUCGGGUUGCUAAUGAACCGCGCGAACGCGCUGCUGGACUACGGCGAGCAGAAACAAGAGGACGAGGAGGCAGAAGGGGAAGGGGGGGUGGCGCGGAGCGGCAGGGAGAGGGAAAGUGAUAGAGAUGUAUUCGCUGAGUUUGAUGCGCUGGCGAGGUCGGAGGUGGCGUCGACCGCCACGCCGCGGACGAUCGCGCGGGUGACAUACGAGGAGGCGGUGAAGUUGACGUGUUUGGUGAGUGAGGCCCUCGCGUGGGAGUCGUAUCUUCUGCACGUGAAGGACGCCCUGGUGCUCUUCGGGCAGACCCCUACCACCACGGCGUCAUCGCUCCGAUGCGUUCGAGGCCUUCAAACAAGCGUUCAGCCGCUCCGCGUCGCGUUGAUGCUGCCCAAGUGCGUGGAGUACGACCUUCUUUGGUGCGCCUGCGCCCGCUCUGGCGCCCUGCACACCUUCCUGCAAGAGCUCUACGACGGGCAGAGCUUUAAGAGCGUUCCGACUCCAGCCUUCUCCACGACGUUGCCGGCGUACUCCGCACUUCGCGGGGGAAACACCACCAGCGCGUACUACUAUUGUAGUGCUGCCCUCAUCGACACGGAGCUUUCCACCAACGCGAUGCUGUGCGAAGCGAUUGAAGCCGCCGGGAGCUUUAUGAUCGUGCUGGAUGCGCGGUAUUUACCCCUUUUGUUUAAGUUUGUGCCAGAAGAGGAAUCGCUUUGCCUUUCCCCGCGUGUUCUUGAUUCGACCUCAGUUGGGGGCUUCAAUUCCCUCAUCAAGGGAGGGACCUCAGCAGAUGGAGAUGAAGGAGAAGGAAGUCGAGGGCACGCCGGGAGGAAAGAACACCAUAAGGGGAAAUUUAUCCUGAACGUCCCGACGGUGCUACGUCGCAUCUUUCUCUGGCGUUGGGAUGGACGCUAUACCAAGGACUUCACGAAGGAAAUGAAAGAAGCCAUAGACAGUUUUAACAGUGCCGCUUACGCGGACCUGCCAUUCGCUCUGAGGUUCUAUGGCGCGCAGGGAAAUGGCUCCGCCUUGGCUUCUUGCACUGGCUAUGAUACCACCGACAAGGGGGGCGAAAAAACGACGCCGUCGGCCACUGAUCGCGCAGAUCUGAGGCUGGAUCUUCAAUGUCGCGCGGUGGUGCAAUCUCGCCCGCAGUUUUACUGGGAUACCGCGCCUUCGCUGGAUUUGUACGACCUCGUGCAGAGCUUUUUUAUGGGUUCUCCCGAUACCCCAGACCGGGGCGACGCCGGCAGACGCCAGGAGCUGGAAAAUCUUCGUGGUGGCUAUCCGUUGCUGCUGCAGCGCAUUUUAGCGCAUCCACCGCGUUGGCUGCGCUGCAAUCCCGUUGGUUGGUCGCUGCAGGCAACCCCACGAGCGGAUUCCUCGCGACCAAACGCCCUAAACGAGCGCGCCCCCUCACUGAGCAUCAGCCCCGUCGCGGUGAACGGGAACACCCCUCGGGAUUACCUCCCUUCCUCGCAGUCGUGCACUAUUUCGCAACUCUUCUUCAGCCGGCUCUACGUCCGCGCGAUCGCGGAGUCGAUAUCGGAUCAGAAACGCCCUCGACGCUCAUGGCAGGCGGAUAGCGAAACCACCCCGCGCGGGGUGGGUUCCCGCACGCAGUUAUCAUCCUCCGCCGUGAGCGUGGAGGAGACCCCUCGCAGACGUUUUGCGCGCGACCCUACGAAGGCCGUCCAUUCGCUUCUCCAGCUGGAAUCCCAGCUCGCGUUUCAGCAGAAAAUGUUCUACAAACGCCUGUACAUGGCACUUCUGCGCUUUAACCUCACCCAACCUUUGCUUUGUCUUUUCACCUCCGGCAAGCCCUCCGAGUUUGAGUGCAUCACGCACCUGAGUUUCUUUGGGAUGGCGUCGCUUUCGCGAUUUUUAUGCCAGCCAACGGUAAGAAAAGCGUCGUUGCGCUCCUCACGAGAGGAGUUGUUGUUCACGAACGCGAACAUGGCGACGGCGGAGGUAAUUCAUCUCCUUCGCCAAUUGCGGAUUAAGCACAACAACACGCUGGCGAUUUUCGAUGCGAUAUUAUGGAGCUGUGUGGUGUGUCUUUUGGGCAUUGUUCGGCGUGUUCUUGGUCUCUUCCAGGUUCGGCUUUGCUCACCGUUCUGCCUGGAUGCGAAUAAGGAGAUGGAUCGAAUCGUCGUCUACAAUAGUCUGCUUAUGUAUCAAUUCGACAGCUGCGUGUUUUGUCUCGGAUAUCUCAUGAAUGUAUUGGAGGAACAGCAGAAACGAUGGAGGGAUUUGCAAGGCCAGCGGAUUCACCCUUCGAAGGGUUCACGUAGAUCGAGCUGCCUGUCAACUAUCAAAAUGGUCUUGCUUUCAUCGAGAAGGAUCCAAACCCACAAUCUCUCGGAGAGCCUCCAGAGGAACGAAUAUCUUGAGUAG